UGUUUGUUGUUAUAAACCUGGCCAGUUUUUAUUGUUACGAUCAUAUUUUCAGCGCUCCGUUUCAAGCCCAUUUGCUGGUUGUAAUUAUUUCAGCUUGAAGGACUAGUGUCAUUGACAAAUCCUCUGUAAAAUACCUUCGCUAUACUCCUUGAAUCAACACAAUUACUGAACAUUGGUGCCAAAGAUGCCAAACCGGAGGGAUGUAAAGAAGAGGCGACGGUUCCCGACAGCAAAAGUGCAAGAUAACCCUUUGGCAAAACACAGGAAGGAACAUUUCAACCACAUGGCCGCGUCUGCAUUUAUGGCAGCAGUUAAGGCCAACAUUGACGAUAUUUCAGCCACCAAGAAUAACUGCAAUGAUCCAUUGAUGAGGAAGAGCAAAGGCUGGGAAAAUGUUCGGGCAACAGUGAAUUUAUAUUCCUCAUCCCCACGAACCGCCAAGGAGCUACAAAAGAAAUGGUGCGACCUGAAGUGUAGAGCCAAACGGAGAGUAUUGUGGAUAAGGAAAAACAGCCAUGUGGCCAACUUCUCGGAUGGACACAGACUGAACAAAACUGACGAGCAAGUCUGUCAACUGCUCGCUAAGUUCGAUAAAGAUUAUGAUGUGGAUCAUGAGGAGUCAUCUGAUGAUGAGCAAUUGAUGAAUUAUUCUUCUGAAGAUUUAGAGCAAGGCUCUGCGGAGAGAGAUGACUUAAAUGAAUCCCAUCCUCAUCCAGUUAGAAAAGCUCUUAACUUGAAGAAGGAGGCACCGGAUUAUGAUGAAUAUGAAGACGGGGACUAUGGGAGCUGCUCAUCUUGGGACAAUCAAGAGAUGAUGAGUGAAGCCAGGGGUGGUUCCCAGGAUGAAGUCAGGGGUGGUUCCCAGGUUGAAGCCAGGGGUGAGCCCGGGAGUGGAGCUAGGGGAGAACCACGGAGUGGGGCAAAGGGAGGGCCUCGCAUUGGAGCCAAGGAAGGGCCUCGGAACAGAGCGGGGGUCGAGCCCCGGAGUGAGUCUUAUAGGGAACCCGGAGCUGGAAGGAGAGACGAUCCUGGCUGGAAGGUAUUAGAAGUACAACCAAAGAUGCCAAACCGGAGGGAAGUAAAGAAAAGGCGACGGUUCCCGACAGCAAAAGUGCAAGACAAUCCUUUGGCAAAACAAAGGAAGGAACAUUUCAACCACAUGGCUGCGUCUGCAUUUAUGGCAGCAGUUAAGUCCAACAUUGACGAUAUUUCUGCCACCAUGAAUAACUGCAAUGAUCCAUUGAUGAGGAAGAGCAAAGCAUGGGAAAAUGUUCGGGCAACAGUGAAUUUGUAUUCCUCAUCCCCACGAACCGCCAAGGAGCUACAAAAGAAAUGGUGCGACCUGAAGAGUAGAGCCAAACGGAAAGUAUUGUGGAUAAGGAAAAACAGUCAUGUGGCCAACAUCUCGGAUGGAUACAGACUGACCAAAACUGACGAGCAAGUCUGUCAACUGCUCGCUAAGUUCGAUAAAGAUUAUGACGUGGAUCAUGAGGAGUCAUCAGAUGAUGAGCCAUUGAUGAAUAAUUCUUCUGAAGAUUUAGAGCAAGGCUCUGCGGAGAGAGAUGACUUAAAUAAAUCCCAUCCUCAUCCAGUUAGAAUAGCUCUUAACUUGAAGAAGGAGGCACCGGAUUAUGAUGAAUAUGAAGACGGGGACUAUGGGAGCUUCUCAUCUUGGGACAAUCAAGAGAUGAUGAGUGAAGCCAGGGGUGGUUCCCAGGAUGAAGUCGGGGGUGGUUCCCAGGUUGAAGCCAGGGAUGAGCCCGGGAGUGGAGCUAGGGGAGAACCACGGAGUGGGGCCAAGGGUAGGCCUCGGAUUGGAGCCAAGGGAGGGCCUCGGAAUGGAGCGGGGGUCGAGCCCCGGAGUGAGUCUUAUAGGGAACCCGGGGCUGGAAGCAGAGACGAUCCAAGCUGGAAGAAGAAUAUGUUUUCCCCUGCUCGGAAUCACCUUUUUCAUGGCGCAAUCCAUCAUGAUGUGCUGCGUACAUGGCAAUCUGGCAACGUAAACAUCGACGCCUCUAGUCUAAUCUAUCCACUGUUUAUCACGGAUAAUCCAAAUGAUGUUGAACCGAUAGACAGUCUGCCUGGCCAAUCUCGCUAUGGAGUGAAUCAACUGAAUAAAGUCCUUGAGCCACUGGUCAAGAAAGGACUGAGGUCGGUUUUGCUGUUUGGAGUCCCGAGUCAUCUACCAAAGGAUGGCAAUGGUUCCCAUGCCGAUGAUGAUACAACACCAGUGAUUUUAGCCAUCCGAAAGAUCCGAGAUAGCUUCCCAAGCCUCUUGGUGUGUUGUGAUGUCUGCCUGUGUGCAUACACCGAUCAUGGACAUUGUGGAUUACUUAAUGAAGAUGGAACUAUCGACAAUAUUCCAAGUAUACUCCGAUUAGCUGAAGUGGCUGUAGCGUAUGCUAAAGCAGGAUGUCAAGUUGUGGCGCCUUCAGAUAUGAUGGACGGCCGGAUUGGUGCCAUCAAGACUGCAUUGGUUAAUAAUGGUCUUGAAGGCAAGGUUUCUGUCAUGAGUUACAGUGCGAAGUUUGCGUCCAGUUUCUACGGGCCGUUCAGGAGUGCCGCAAAGUCUGCACCUUCCUUCGGAGAUCGAAAGUGUUACCAGCUACCUGCUGGUGCCAAGGGACUUGCUAGCAGAGCUGUGGAACGAGAUGUGGCAGAAGGAGCUGAUAUCUUGAUGGUCAAGCCAGGGAUGCCGUAUCUAGACAUUGUGAAGCAGACAAAAGAUAAGUUUCCAGACUAUCCAUUGGCUGUGUAUCAUGUAUCAGGGGAGUACGCCAUGCUGUAUCAUGCUAGCCAAGCUGGGGCUCUGGAUCUUAAAGCGGCUGUUAUUGAAUCACUUACUGCAAUGAGAAGAGCUGGUGCCGAUAUCAUCAUCACAUACUUUGUACCAAGCCUUCUAGACUGGUUGAAAAAGUAAGAAAAAAACUUGUUUUUGACGAGAACGUUCAACGCCCACCCGUAAUCUUCAGCCAAGUUUGUCAAUCUUAAGGGAAAAGUAUAUACUUAGUAAAGAAUAGCGCUUACACUUUUAUUUUAAUAUUUAGAUGUUUACUGUAUGAAAAAGAUGAUUACAUUGCACGCAUUUUUCAGCUGUUUUAAAUAACAAUUUUAAGACGAGACAGACAAAGAGCAGAAAUAUAUUGUGUACAUGAAGUGUGCCAGCUGUAAUUCAUUGUAGAGUCGGCCAUUUUAUCGGGCAGUGAACAACACUCUGUAGUUAGGGCCCAAUUUUAUAAAGCCUGUAAGCAUCAAAUUUGCUAAGCACAGACAAAUCUUACUUAACAGAAAUUGGUUACCAGCCAAAGUCCCAUCAAGUUUACAUUGUAGCAUCUGGCGCCCCACACAUUUUUUGCUAAACAGUAUUUUCUGCUUAACAGCUUUAUGAUAUUGGGCCCUAAUAUGAUAAGCGCAUUUGAAGAGCAAUCAUACAAACUUGGUCACAGCAUAUUAAUGGCACACUCCAUGAUGUAAAAAAACUCAUGCAAAAUACAAACUGCAACAACUGUAGAAUUUUGGAUAAAUACAAAUUUCAAAUCAGGGGCCAAUUUCAUAGAGCUGCUUAUGCAAAAAAAUUGCUUAAGCACGGAAAUAGC